AGGCUUAAUUAAAGAUUUGCUGAAGUACAAGACUUGAUUCUUGGUUUAAAGGCCAAAAGAAAAUCCCCAUUGUAUGUUUAGCUCAUCUAAAACAGGCCACUUAAAAGAGGCGUCUAGCACAGCAGCAUCAAAAUAGAUGUCAUGGCAACUGAAUCAGGCCAAAUGAGCUGUCACCAUGGUAAUGAUCACAGUACUUCACAAGUAGGAUGAUGAAAGGAGCGAAACGGCUGAUAAUAUAUGCGCACGCUGUGUUUUCAGCCAAUGAUCAUUUGAUAAAAGAUGUUAUCAGGGAAACACAUAUAACAGCUAUUAGGUAAAAAUAAUGUAUUGUAUUUGUUGUUCUUUCCAAUUUUCCGAUGCAAUUGCACCUGCAACUUUCUUUUCAAGCAAUAGUUUGACAAAUCAUGCCAUGGGUUGUUGUUGAAAACUUCACGUCCCAUUGAACUUGAUGUUUAUAUGAUACAUGCUGCGUGUAUAACUCAUGGUGUCCUGCUGUGGAGGUUUAUCAGCCUGUGAUCUCUGAUAAGCAUUUAGCAGUGAUAGAGAUGGGGGGUUGAUCCCUUUGUGUUCGGCCUCCUGCAGUCUCCUCCACUGGAAUUAAUUAUCCUCUUUCUGACAGAAGACACUCAUCUAUUUCAUUACACACAAACACACACUGACACACAAACAUCACGAUAAACAUACAGAUUGACCGACGGAUUAAGUUCAUACCACCUGGAAUGGCAAUAAAAGAGGAACUGAGGAGUCGUCAGUUUUGGCAGGGGAUUCUGGCAGAGGUUUUGGGUUCUCUGGUCUUUGUAUCUGCUGUGUUGGGUUCUUUAGUCCCAGGGUCGGACGGGGUCUCCCCAGGGCCCAUCUAUCCAGCACUGGCUGCUGGUAUGGCCACUGUUGUUCUGGGAUAUUGCUUUGGUGAAAUCAGUGGGGCGCAGGUGAAUCCUGCAAUAACUGUGGCCCUUAUGGCAACAAGGAAGGUGGAUGUCUUCAGGGCUCUGGUUUAUCUGGUUGCUCAGUGUCUGGGUGGAAUCCUGGCAACUGGUUUGCUUUACGUCUGCCUGCCUCUGAAAUCCAUUGCGCAAAACUUCAUUAACAAGGUUCCAGUGGACAUGAAUGCAGGUCAAGCUCUUGGCAUGGAGAUGCUCGCCACAUUUCUGUUGGGUUUUACUGUAUUCUCCGUAGAAGAUCAACGCAGGAGGGAAAGCACUGAACCGGGAAACUUGGGCAUUGGGUUCGCUGUAAGCACUGCAAUCUUCAUUGCUGGCAGAUUUUCUGGUGCUAGCUUGAACCCGGCCCGAUCCCUUGGUCCAGCUAUAAUACUCGGUUACUGGGAGCACCAUUGGGUCUACUGGAUUGGGCCAAUAUCAGGUGCAGUCUUGGCUGGGAUGUCUCAUGAGUUCAUCUUUGCCCACAGUGCAUCCAGACAGAAGUUAGUUGCUUGUCUUACCUGUAAAGACAUUGACAUUGUGGAGACAGCCAGCGUAUCUCGAUCUUCUCUCUCCACUGUCACACAGAGCGCCAUGAGAAACAAACAAAGCAACAAACUUGAGCACAGCUAAACUAAAGCUCAAGAGAGUUCAACAAGCACAGAGUGUUUGUAUAGUUUUCCACCAAUUAAUUUGAGAUUAGGCCUUCGAACCACACAGGACCAAACCUCUCCAUCUGAAAGAUGAAUUCCUGUUGGAAU